AGGAGGAUACUGUAUGUAUUGUGUUGUGUUCUAUCAGUGUCUCAAAUCAGGGGCUGAUUAGCAGCAAUGAAUAUUGAUUUUAGUCACCUGUAGAGACAAAAGCUGUAUUCUAAAUCUCAGCCAUUUGUUUGCAGAGUAAAAAUUAAUAAUUAAAGCCAAAUAUAAGACAGUAAUUCCUAUUCAACUUCAACAUCAUGUCUCUAAACAUGUGCAACAGACCCUCUGAAUACAGGCCUCCUCUCACCCAAGCGCGAUCACGUUGCAGAAAUCAAACUGGAACUCAGCGGUCACAAUGGCUCUACUUUUCACUCAAGUCUCCCUGGAAUGCAAUCAAAUCCCUCCACCCCCCUUUAAACCACCUCUUACCUAAAGUGUGCACUCAAAAUUACAUCAUCCAAAAUGUGCACUGGCCCUGCCUUUCAUCACGGGAGCACCUCCACCAUUGGCCACAGACCCUCGCCAUCACUUCCUCCCUCCCUCUGCCACUUUAUACUGAUUGAAAAGAAGAAAAAAAAGUUGGGUGUAAUCUGGUGACGACACUAAUCCCAGCGCUACAAAUCACAGCUCCCAUCCACCUCGCUCCACACAGGCUCCCUGCGACUCCCUGCCAGCGACUUCACAUCUGCCUCAGACGAGCUGAUAGAAAGAGAAGAAGACAUGGCUGUGGUUAGUGGAACUUACCGUAUGGUGUCAGAAGAGGAGCAGGCUCUCAGGGCCAAGCUGGAACGUCUCACCGUCAAGGACCACGGGCCAGUGUUUGGACCCUGCGCCAGCCUGCCGGACCACACCAAGCAGAAGGCCAAGGACGAGCUGAACGAGACAGAUGAGAAGCGUGUGUCGGCGGUGAAGGAGCUGCGAGGGAUGAUAAAGGAGAAGGCAGAUGCAGGAGACGACCUGGCCAAGGGCGUGCAGGACACGUUUGGGGAGAAACCAGACAGUUUGCUGGUCCGCUUCAUCCGCGCCAGGAAGUACGACGUGCCCAGAGCCUUUGACCUGAUGAAGGGCUACGUGCGUUUCAGGAAGGAUUACCCCGAGCUGUUUGAGAAUCUGACCCCGGAGGCCGUACGCAGCACCAUCGAAGCCGGCUACCCCGGCAUCCUGCCAAGCAGAGACAAAUAUGGCCGCGUGGUUCUGCUCUUCAACAUUGAGAACUGGGACUAUGAGGAGAUCACAUUUGAUGAGAUCCUGCGUGCUUACUGUGUGAUCCUGGAGAAGCUGCUGGAGAACGAGGAGACUCAGAUCAAUGGGUUCUGCAUCAUUGAGAACUUCAAGGGCUUCACCAUGCAGCAGGCGUCAGGAAUCAAACCCACCGAGCUCAAGAAGAUGGUGGACAUGUUGCAGGACUCAUUCCCCGCCCGUUUCAAAGCUGUGCACUUCAUCCACCAGCCCUGGUACUUCACCACCACCUACAAUGUGGUCAAACCACUCAUGAAGAGCAAGCUGCUAGAGAGAGUGUUCGUCCACGGAGACGAGCUGGAAAACUACUACAAGGAGUUUGAUGCCGACAUCCUUCCCUCUGAGUUUGAUGGAAAAGGUGCCAAGUACGACGGCAAGGGCGCAGCAGCCAAGCUGUUCGACUAAAGCCUCCUCCAUCCCUUUGCGCCAAACCAGGCGAAGAGCCAUUAUGUAUAACAAACCCCCCACAGACUGUGGAGACUCAAAGCCCAAAUCUAGCUGUGUGGUUGUAGGAAAAAAAUAUGAAUGAAAGUGUGUGAAACACUCAGAUGGUGUUGUUUUCCAGAGGUCCUGACAAAACACAGUCCAACAGUAAACCACAUUAUUCUCUAUCAACCAUUUGGUCGACACUUUAACACCUAACAGUUCCUCAUUUUUAGCUCUGAUGACCAAAGCCAGAUCUCUACCCAGUAUGGGACUGGAGGCACUGGCAGAUUUAAUGGUGUAAAUCUGCCGUCUUUGAGAUUAACCAUCUCACACCUGUUAAAUUGUGCUUUGUUCGGACCACAGUUCACCCACACAGCUUGUUUGAACACUGGCAGGCUCCAGCUUUCUGAGUUUCCACCCUCUGUUUGUCCGUCUCUCCUUGAAGUACAAGGCUGAUAUUCCAACAAGUGCCUGUCUCUCAUGUAUUUUUUAGAUUGUUCUUCAUUCAUAUGAAUAUUAUGAAGUUUUACCCUGGUGCACCAAUAAGAAUGUCAAUAAAUGUACAAUAAACUGUA